AUGUAUAUCGAAGUGUUGACUGCCAAGGAAACUCGCCGACAACACACAAAUCUGGACGCUCGAUUAGCAGGAGCCACAAUUUGUCCUGUGACAACUGAACUGAAGAAUCCAGCGACUGCAGAUAAGCUGGGUCAAAGGAACGCUUUGCAGUCGAAGCACAACGAGAACACGGAGUUCGGGGUGCAAGGAGCUGGACACAUAUUGGCUCGAACCAAAAGUCCUGUGACCUGA